CCUCAACCUUCAUCGACAGCCGAUAUUUACAUGUCCCUCCCGAGGAAGAAAUAUCAUGCCACCCAUACCCAUCAUAGUGUGCGGCAAGUCUCCGCAUGUUUUGGUUGGUGUGAAAGAAGGCAUUAGGCCAAAAUAUGAGGUGAUCCAUGUCAUUAACUCCGUGGAGGCUGGAUUGAGGGAUAUUCCAUCUCUUCUGCGCGGACAGCCCCCUCCUUCCAAGGAGUGGGCAAAUCUCGGAACUCAAGAGUACGGAAAAAGGACAGCAGCAGUCGUGGCAGGAGGUGGAUAUAAUGACACGGACUUUGAGCAGCUCCGAAAAAGUUGCGAAGGGUUAAGCAGGGUGCCAUGGCUCCGCCACGACAUAAGCAAGGACAUCGAUCCAAGACAGCCUAGGCCAAAGGUUGGAAUUGAAUAUGGCGAGCAGAUUGCGAAGAAAAUAGUCCAUCGCUUGCAAGUCUUGGAAAAGGAUGGAAAGAUGGAUUUUGAUGGGAUCUAUUGGUUCUAGGCGAGCUAUAAUGAAGACAUCGGUUGAAUUGUCUAACAAACAAGGGUGCUAAGCCACA